AUGUCUCGAGUCGUCCUGGAGGACUCUUCCUUCUUGUCCGUCGGUCGGAAGGUCGGAAGGUCGUCCGUCGGCAAAUCAUAUUGUGCACCAACCUGCAAACUGCUCAAGCAAAACCUAGAAGCCGCAUUCUUCCGUUGCUUGAAAGCAGUUAACGCGACAGCGCAAGGCGAAAUGCUUCUUGCAAAGUACCUGACAGACUCUAUCCGCAGCAUUGAGCAUGCGAUCCGCAAGUCAGCGCCCUCUGGCGCCCAUCUGUCUCGCGCCCUGUCUGCACCCAGAUUGGACAUGAGGCCCGACGGCCGUCGGCCCGCGACGGAGGUCUUGCUGCCGCGGAAGCUUCCGCUGGCACAGGCCCCCGCGGUGGCGGCGGCGCUCGCUGCCACCCGCGGCGAUGACCGGGGGGGCCCCCACGUCAUCAACAGAUCCAACGGACAGGUUGCAGCAACGCAAGCGCGGUUGUCACAGCCUGUUCAGUCCGGCUACGGAGCCACGCCGCUACCGCCGCGCAGCCAGGUCGGCGGCAACUCCUUGCUGACCAAACCCUCCAAUGCCGCGACGGCUGCGGGGUCGCUGCCGCCGCGGCCAUCUGUCGUACGGACGGCUCAUGCCAUCGCCGCGGCGCUUCAGCACCAGCAACAGCAGCACCAGCAACAGCCGCCGUACGGCAGGACUGGCGGUGGCGGCCGGUCAACAUCGGCACCGCGCCUAGAUGACGCCGCUGCAGCGGCGGCGCAACCACCGACAGCGCACCACCACAAACAUGUUCACCACUACCAACACCAUCAUCAUCAUCAGCAGCAGCAGCAGCAGAAUCACCACCGUAAUUCCGACAGCCACAACUACCCACAGGGGCCCCAGUCCGAAGCUCGAAUCCCGGCGAUGGCGGCGGCGCCGCCGCUGCUGGCACACGGUGGCGGCGCCGCCGCUGCUGCCGCGGACGUCCGCAGCGUUGCCUCCGUACGACGGAGCGCUCCGUCGGAUGCGGGCACGCACACGUCUUGGUGGCGGUGGCGGCCGGUUACUGAUGCGUCGUACCCGCUGACGGCGAUCACGGACCGCUACGCUCAAAGCAUGUCGCCGUCUGAAGUCAUCAAGUGGAACGACCGGGUCGCGAGAUUGGAGGCGGAGAUCAACCAGGAGAAGGAGCGAAGGAAGCAAUUUGAAGAACAGUUAAAAAAACUGCAAGUCGCCACAUCCACGACGCAAGUCCCUGGCGGUGGUGGGGGUGGCGGUGGUGGCAAGGCGGGAGGGGCCCCGAAGGCAGUCGUCGGGCAGUCGCCGGGCUUCCGUUGA